AUGCUCGAAGACCCCUCGUACUCCUCGGUGGUGCGUUGGGGCGACGAUGGCGAAAGUUUCGUCGUGCUCGAGAACGAAAAGUUCACCAAAUCCAUCCUCCCCAAGCAUUUCAAACACUCCAACUUCGCCAGCUUCGUCCGCCAAUUGAACAAGUAUGACUUCCACAAAGUGCGACAAAACAAUGAGGAGGGCGGUUCGUCGAUAUAUGGCGCCAACGCCUGGGAAUUCCGACACCCGGAAUUCAAGGCAAACAGUAAAGAUAGCCUUGAUAACAUCAGGCGCAAGGCUCCGGCGCCGCGAAAACCGUCCAAUCUCAGCGAUGAUCAGAUCUCCAUUCAGCAAAUCGACCUCAUGAACCAGCAGAUUGUGGCCCAGGCCCAACAGAUCGAGUCUCUGGUGCAGACGACCGGUCAGCUGCAGAUGAAUCAUCAGAUGGUGGUGCAAGAGCUCUUGCGCCUGCAAAAGACCGUCGUCAACCAUGAUCGAGUCAUGCAAGAUGUCAUGACCUUCCUGCAAUCCGUGGAUGCGAAGCAGCGGAGAGAUAGUAAGAGUCUCUUUGCUCCCCAAGCGGAUGGCCCUGCGACGAGCACCACCUUGACCCCGACAAGUCAGAAUAUGCCCGGUUCGGAGGAAGAUGUGCCGGCCUCACCUCUCCAACAUGCGGCCAAACUUCUCAACGAAAUCAAGCCUGAUGGGCAGUUCAACAUGGCCGGACUCGAGCAGAUGAACAUGCACACCACCACCACCCCGGUUUCGCAAGAUCCUCGCAACGCCCAGUUCCGUGGGUCCAACUCGGCCACGUCAAGCGGUAGCAUGGGAUUCGUCAAAAUGAACCCCAAUGACAUGGACGCCAUCGUCUAUCCCAUGGGUUCCACCAAUGGGAUCGACCCCAUGUACAGCGAACACAUCAACAACAUUCCGUAUCCGAUGCCAUCAAGAGACACACAAGACCCCCGCGCGCAAUUUGCCGACACUCGGAAGAAGAGUGGGCUCCCUGAUCCAGGUUGGCGCCGACCGCCGAGGAUUCUUCUGGUUGAAGAUGACCCGACCUGUCGACAGAUCGGCGGCAAAUUCUUGUAUUCGUUUUCUUGCGUGGUCGAUUGUGCACUGGACGGUCUCGAGGCGGUCAGCAAGAUGCAGGAAGGGAUCAAAUACGAUAUGAUAUUGAUGGACAUCAUCAUGCCCAACUUGGAUGGUGUCUCUGCAUGCCACAUCAUCCGACAGUUCGACAGGACGCCCAUUGUGGCCAUGACCUCCAACAUCCGAUCGGACGACAUCCAGAUGUAUUUCCACCACGGCAUGGACGACGUCUUGCCCAAGCCGUUUACUCGGAAGUCCUUGUUGGACAUGUUGGAGAAACAUCUCAUGCACCUGAAAAAGAUGCCGCAAGGGAUGGACGGACAGCAACCCACUUCGGGCGCCAUGGGUGCUUCCGGAGGCCCUUCAUCCUCCGGUCAAUCCGUUCGCGAUGACAUGUCGGCAGGGACCUCUCCAGCCGGGUCCAGUGGAGCGUGGAAUUCUCCUAGCCAAUAUUCUGGAGUGUCGCCGGUUAAUCCCAACAUGCAUUUCCCCGGGAUCCCUCAGCAACAGCUGCAGCAGCAGCAAUUCGUGGACAUGACCGGCAACACCUUUCAGACCGGCCCACAAACCCCGAUGGGGAUGAGGCAAGGCGUGAUGCAACAACAAGCACAACGAAGAGGUCAGGCCGAGAUGGGCGGUGGAAACGAUAUGGGCGGCGCCAACAAACGACAGAGGAUAUAUGCACCGCAGCAGUCCAUGGCGGCUCCAAUGCGGUAA